AAUAUGGCUGCCACCGUUGUGUGGGUUGCCCUGGUUUGUUUUCAUAUUGUUCGCUGUGCACCCGUUUCUUCAUCUGAUGAUGAAUUUGUCUUCAAAACAUGGAUGUCACAGUACAAUAAAUCCUAUUCACUGGAUGAGUACUACCGUCGGCUACAGAUAUUCACAGAAAACAAGAGAAGAAUAGAAGAGCACAAUGCAGGAGGCCACUCAUUCACAAUGGGAUUGAACCACUUCUCUGAUCUGACCUUCACAGAGUUCAAGAAGGACUUUCUUCUCACAGAGCCUCAGAACUGCUCUGCCACAAGGGGGAGCCACCUCCACAGCUCAGGGCCUUAUCCAGAUGCAGUGGAUUGGAGAAGAAGGGGGAAUUUUGUAACGCCUGUUAAGAACCAAGGUCGCUGUGGUAGCUGCUGGACUUUUUCUACCACUGGCUGCUUAGAGUCUGUCACAGCCAUUGCUACAGGGAAACUUCUGGAACUGUCAGAACAGCAACUGAUUGAUUGUGCCCAGGAUUUCAACAACCAUGGAUGUAUGGGUGGUCUACCCAGUCAGGCAUUUGAAUAUAUUAAAUACACCAAGGGACUGAUGACAGAGGAGGACUAUCCUUACAAAGCCCAUGAUGACACCUGCAAGUUCCAGCCUAGCAUGGCAGCAGCCUUUGUGGAUGAAGUUGUCAACAUAACCAGUUAUGAUGAGAUGGGUAUGGUUGAUGCAGUGGCCAGACUGAACCCUGUGAGUUUUGCCUACGAGGUAACAUCUGAUUUUGUGCACUAUAAGGAUGGUGUAUACAGCAGCACAAACUGUAAGAACACUACUGAGUUUGUGAACCACGCAGUGCUGGCUGCGGGUUAUGGAGAGGAGAAUGGAACUUUGUUUUGGAUCGUGAAAAACUCCUGGGGUACCUCCUGGGGAAAAGACGGGUAUUUCCUUAUUGAGCGAGGGAAAAACAUGUGUGGAUUGGCAGCCUGCUCCUCCUAUCCGCUCCCUCUGGUUUGAUAUGAGAUAUGUAGAGUGUGCAUUGAGGUGAAAAUGAGUAUAACAAAUUUAUUGUUGGGAGUUUGAAUUUCAGCAUUAAAAAUAAAA